GUAGUUGACGAAGAAUCGAGAAAGGAACAAAUGGCCUUGGCCAGAGGAAUUCCACGAAAUAUAUUAUCCAGAAGCAACACAAGAUCAAUCUUCAAUGGAGCUCCCUCCAAUUCCAGAAACAGAUUUUCUCCCACCACGAAUCAUCCACCACUGGAUAAUGACGUUGUUCGAAUCGUUGUUAUUUCGGAUACCCACCAGCAACACUCGCUUCUGAAAUUGCCCAGUCAUGGUGUGGAUGUCUUGAUCCACUGUGGAGAUUUUACCAGCUACGGAAACAUAUCCGGGGUACGAAAUUUUCGGCGAUGGUUGGAGCAACAAACGCAAUUCACAGACCGAAUUGUUGUGGAUGGAAACCAUGAUCAGGAUCGAAACAACCCGGAUGCCAUUGACUUGAGAGAGGAAUUUUCCAAUAUCAGUAGUUCGCGCAGCCACGAAAAGGUGGGGUCUAUCAAGUUUCUCCAGGAUGAAACUGCGCUAUGCGCCAAUGGCCGUCUGCGAGUGCAUGGGUAUUCAUGGAAUAGUUGCAAAGAGGACGAAUUCAAGGGCCUACCAGACGAGGAAACUCCAGUCGACAUUGUUGUGGCUCAUGUACCCGGACGUCUCCAUCAGAAACACCCCCAGAAAAGGAAAAAGCUCCACGGUAGCCACAACUUGGCCAAAUUUACCUUGGAACGACGAAUUCCGAUUUGCUGCGGUGGGCACUAUCAUUGGGAAAGGGGCGGGGUAGAAACCACGGACGUCAAUGACCAGGGGGGCACACGAUUGUUGACAUGGUUCAUCAAUGCUGCUAGCAAACGAUCCGAAAGUUCUGUACAUGAACCAGUUGUCAUUGACUAUAACUGGCGAAUUCGCACUGUGGUCAAUGUGGAAGGAUUAACGCAGGACAACACCAUGAAUAUCCACUUUGAGGAGCCGUUUCCGUCAAGGAUUGCCAAGGCUUCAUUCAGGGAUUAGAGGGUCACAGUUCUGACAAUACGCUUGCAGCGCAGUGGUUAGCAUACCUGUCCGGUCUUAUUUCGCCACCACGGCGAACAAGCCAAGAUAAGAAGGUUUUAGACAGCUUUGACAAACGCGGGAGUGCCCAUGUCAGUUCGUUCGCUCGCUAGAAGAGCUGAAUUAAUCUGACAAGUGCUGCUUGAAAUCCACGGCAACAACCAGCUAUGAUAGGGCUCCCGCGAAUGGGUCUUAUUUCGCGAUCACGGCGAAACCAAGAUAAGGGAUGUAAGCCGGUUGACAUAAGCUGAAGAAUCAGGACGCCUUGCUUCCAUCUACUUGUAGCUAACCACGAUAGACGUCUCCUAAGUUUUGCUGAU